AUGGCUUCAAGAGUAGCUUUGUUGGUGUUUCUCUGUGUUCUUCCAGCUAUGGUUUCAGCCAUCCGCCCAGCCAAGAACCCUUUCUGCUUGAAAGGUCGUGUCGUAUGUGACCCUUGCCGUGCCGGUUAUGAAACCUCCGCUAUAACUCACAUUGCUGGGGCUGAGGUUGCUUUGGAAUGCAAGGAUAGGAUCAGCAACAAAGUGGUGUACACAAAGGCAGGGAAGACGGACCCAUCUGGAGAAUAUACCAUGUAUGUUGAUGAGGAUCGCGCAGACAAUGUGUGUGAUGUGAAGCUAGUAAGGAGUCCUCAAAAUAGUUGUAACGAAGCUACACCGGGACGCGACCAAGCACGCGUUAUUCUUACCCGUUACAAUGGGAUCGCUUCUAAUGACAGGUUUGCCAAUGCCAUGUUAUUCAUGGCAAAUGAGGUAGCUUCUGGAUGUGCUGAGAUACUCCAGAAGAUGCGUGAGUUGGAUGAUGAUGAGAAUUGA